AUGGCCUCGGAACACACCAUCAACGUCCUUCUGGCCACGUUUGCUGGCCUAGGACUGCCACGUACUCUCUCACUCCCAACCCGCUCUUCAGCAUCGGUCAGCGAUGUGUACGACUCAGUCUUGAACCGACUCCCGGCCCUUGAUGAAUCGUUGAUCCUCACGACCGUGUCGAACAAGCAACUACUUCCCUCAAACCACGAGUCCAUCACCACCCUUCUGAGUUCACCGUCCGACAGUCUCUUGUCUCUCAGACUUAGCAGACAGCUAUGCGGUGGAAAAGGUGGCUUCGGAUCCCAGCUUCGCGCUGCUGGUGGACGUAUGAGCAGUCGCAAGAACAGACAAAACCAGAAUGUCAAUGGCUCGAACAGAAAUCUUGACGGUCGCAGACUGCGCACCGUGGAUGAGGCGAAGAAGCUCGCAGAAUACCUGGCCGUCAAGCCAGAGAUGGAAAAGAAGGAGAGGGAAGAGCGUAAAAAGCGAUGGGAGGCUGUGGUGGAAGCGUCUGAACGGAGAGAAGAAGAGAUUAGAAGCGGCAAAGGGGGUGCCAAUCAGGGAAGAUUGAAUGCCGAGUACGUGGAGAGUAAAGAAGAGGCUGAGAACAAGACACGAGAGGCCGUCUUGAAAGCCAUGAGAGAAGGACUACUUCAGUCGGAGCGCACGGGAAGUGAGAGCUCGGAGAACGUAGAAGAAGACGACAGCGAAGGAGAGGAGGAAGAGAGCUCUGAUUCGAGCGACGACCCCAAAGCUGAGGCAUCGACCGGGAGCAAAUUCUUCGGCUGGGAUGAGGAUGAGGAUGAGGAUGAUGACGACGACGAGUCAGAAGAAGAUGAGCAGGCCGAACCUGUGCCUUCAUAUGAAGGCAAAGGCAAGGGGCGCGCAUAG